AUGGUAAAAUCCUAUGCCCUUCUGCUUGGACUCCUGGCCAUUAUAGCCAAUUUAAGUUACGAAAUAGAUGCCGCAGGACUAACAGUAUCAGCCGCACAGAGCCAGGGUUGCCAAUGCUCCGCAACGUUGUCUUGCAGUUGUUGCCAGAGUGUUUCGGUCAGUCCCAUGAACGAGACCAGCACUCUAUGCCUCACCCUCGGAAUUGGUAUACCUAGUGGAAAUAUAGAUUUUGGAGCUACCAUGGAUGGAACUUCGGUGGCCUCGUUUUCCAUUGAUCCCUCGAAACCGCCCACAUAUUGUCUUCCUGUGAUCUCGCUGGCCUCCGUGGACAUAUGCCUCAAAGUAACCCUACAGAUAAAGGGAGCUGCGGUCAAGGCCUGUCCCACCUUCUAUACCAACUACAGUAGCAGUCAGGUGGUAGGAUACGAUUUUCCCUGCGUUCAAAUAGGCGUCAGUGGCGUCAGUCUGGUCUAA